AUGUCUAUAGAUGGAACAAAGACAGCGCAGGUUUCUGCCAGUAGUGCAGAUAGCUUGGAUGAAGAGUGGCAGAAGAGUGAACAUCACAAAUCAGAAGGUACAUUUGAGGCCAGGGAGGGCCAUCACUUCUACCGGCCGAUUGAUAGCUAUGAGGGACUCCAUCGCUGGGAUCCGAAUUUUCAAUGGACGGAACAGGAAGAGAAAAGGAUUGUCAGAAUGAUUGAUGUUCGUGUAUGCACGUUCGCCUGCGUGACCUUCUUUGCAUUGCAGCUGGAUCGAGGAAACAUCGGCCAGGCACUGGCAAGUACGCUUCUACAAGAUCUGAAGAUGACCAGCAACGAUUACAACUUGGGUCAGACGAUCUUUCUGGUCUGCUUCUUGUUGGCCGAGAUGCCCUCCCAAUUACUCUCUAAGAGAAUCGGCCCAGACCGUUGGAUCCCUAUUCAAAUUGUUUCUUGGAGUCUCGUCGCGGCUUGCCAGGCCUUUUUGAAAGGGCGUGGCUCAUAUUUGGCCUGCCGAGCUCUGCUGGGAUUCCUAGAAGGCGGCUUUAUCCCUGACACAAUCCUUUUCUUGUCUUUCUUCUACAAAUCCAGUGAGCUGCCGAAAAGACUGACUUGUUUCUGGAUUUCCUACACCGUUGCCGGAAUUAUUGGUUCAUUCCUAGCCUUCGGCUUGCUACACAUUACCGACGCCAACGGCGGCGGUGCCUGGAGAUACUUAUUUGCAUACGAAGGUCUCAUAACUGGUGUGAUUGGAAUCAUCGCUGCAUUCUGGAUGCCUGCGUCACCCGUGCAAACCAAAGGAGGAUUACGCGGGAAGAACGGAUGGUUUACGGAACAUGAAGAGAAGAUCAUCGUGAACCGCGUCAUUCGGGACGAUCCUAGUAAGGGCAGUAUGCACAACCGACAAGCGGUGACCCCACGCCGCUUUUGGGAGUCGCUCAAGGAUUACCAUAUGUGGCCAAUAUAUGCUCUUGGUCUAAUCUGGAUGAUACCUACCACUCCGGCGCAAGGUUAUCUCACGCUUCAACUGCGAUCCCAGGGGUUCACAACGUUCCAGACCAAUUUGUUGGUAAUUCCAUCGGCUAUCAUUGCGAUUAUCACCAUGAUAUCUAUUACCUGGAUCGCGGAGCGUACCAACCAGCGCCUGCUGUGGGGCGUGGGAGUAGAAGUCUGGAACCUAGUCCUACUGAUUGCGCUAGAGGUGCUUCCUGCGAAAAGCAUGCCCUGGCCCCGUUGGGCGAUACUUACGCUUCUUGUUGGUGGGCCGAGCAUUCAUCCUGUUGUGGUAGCUUUGACUUCUCGGAAUGCCGGAUCUGUGCGGACUCGCACUGUUGCUUCUGCGUUGUAUAAUAUGUCUGUGCAAGUGAGCGCCAUUGCAGGUGCUAAUGUGUACCAAGCAAAGGAUGCGCCAUACUACAAAAAUGGAAACAAAGUUCUUAUUGCAUUGGCUGUCGUCAGUGGGAUUAUUUUCGUCUUCGCCAAGUUCUACUACGAUUGGUGGAAUAGGAAAAACUCUGCAGAAUGGGAUGCUAUGACAAGCGAGCAAAGAGAAGUUUACUUGCGUGAAAACCCAGUAUUGACUAACAAGAGAAUUGACUUCCGGUUUGCUCGCUAG